GCAAAUCAGAGCAAAUCAGAGUGGCUCAGGAAUGUAUUCCAUUCAAAUUCAUAAAUUCUUCAGUAAAAUAGUUUCCUUGCUUUAUUGCAUUGGAAUUUGGCAUCGGGGAAACGAGGCAUCGGUUCGGGAACUGAUGAUUAAGUGGUUUUAUUGCACUUACUUCUCGCUCUUUGUGGUUUCAUUAGCAAUUGGAGCAAUUAGACGAGAAAAUGGGGAUGAGGGGAUAUUCUUAAUGGAAAUAGCACUCGUCGUCGCUGUACUGACAUUAAAACUUUGUAUUUUGAUCUGGAAACAGAGGCAAAUUCUCGUAUUGCUUGAUCGGAUUGGCAUCUUUUUCAUAAAAUACGAUGAGGAUUCCACCAUUUUUAGUGACAAAGUCGAAAAUUUCAUGAAAUUUGUUAAAAUAUUUUUGGUUGCUUUCGGUGUCGCUCUUUUUUUCGAGGUCGCAGUGGCACCAUUUCUGAACAGUGAGAAUACUUUAUUUUUCGAAAUUGCAUUCCCAUUGGACUGGAAACACAAUGGUUUAGCAUUCUGGAUGGCAAACAUUUUCCUUUUCACUGAAAUCGGACUUUGUCUGGCACCACUUCUAUUUGCGAUAACCGUGUGGUAUCUAAUGCUAAUUUGCUCCUUACGCUACAAAAUUUUGGGAAGUGAGUUGAAAAAAACGGGCCGAAUGAAUGAAGAGAAUGUGGUUGAUGCGUCGAAAGGAGCACGGCAGAAGGUAUUUUGUCAGGAUCUAAAAUCAUCAAUAGAUCGUUACGUUGGCUUGAGAGGAUUGAUAAAUGAAGUGGGGGCGUUUUGCUCCUCUUUAUUUUUCAUUCAAUUCGGCACUAGUGGCCUUUGCAUUUGCGGAUCAGUUUAUUCUCUGGCAUUUAAUAUAAGCGACAAUUUAGUGGAACGCAUCGUUCACGCUUAUAUCUUACUGUACAACAUCUCCGAAAUAUUUAUGAUCACUCACUUCGGCAAUGAAAUUAUGUUAUCGAGUGAUCGACUCGCUUACAGUUUAUUCGAGUCGGAUUGGAUUAAUCAGCCGCAAUCAACCCAAAAAAUUAUGGUAAUCUUUAGCGAACAUUUGAAGAGAUCACAUCAGCUACUGGUUGCCAAACUGUAUCCGUUAACUUUGGCAACAUUUACUGGGAUUGUCAGGUCUGCAUAUUCCAUGUUCAACAUAUUGAAGAAGUUGAAACAUUGAAAUGAAACGACAACUCGCAUCCAAUUAGGCCAAAUCAGAAAACAUUUGCUUAUAACAAAAAUAUCGAUCACUCCAUGGGCUGUCCGCAUUACUUAGAUGGAUAUUAAUGUUAUAGCAUUCGUGUACGAAGUGAAUACUUUCGGUCUAGUGAUCAAAAAACAUCAGAUUUUAUC